AUGUCAGCAGGAAAGAGCUGUAGAUGCUGCAGAUGCCAAUUGCUAAGAUUCUUGAAACCGAUUCAUAAAGGAAUUAUAGCGGCGGAGAUUGCCCAGCGAGCUCUGACCUGGGGGCCUCGAAAAUUUGCACGGAAUUUCUCAAGACUCAGAAAUGACGGAAAUCUCAUGCAGCUUGGAUGCAGGCUUUGGACUACUUUACAUGUAAAGACGUCAGGCCUGUCAACGCCUUUUCCGACUCGAUACUGGCGUACGCGAGCUGUACGGAAUGCAGAGAAGCAAAGUCGGCCAUGUACUGAUUUCAAGCGGAGACCUGAAAAGCGCCAUAGCAGGAGUGUGUGCCUCGCCAGUCCCAAUGAGCCAGAGCAUACACCAUCGGCUGUGAGUCUGUGGAUCGAUCUGAGAUGGCGAUGGUGUUUCGAGUCAAGUCAAGCGAUGAAGCUGGGAUCUGAUGAAGGGGAGAAGGAGUACAGAGUAAUGGCGGAGGAAGGGCAGAGGGAUCAGGGGACCUAUUUUAGGAAGGCUUGGCACAGUCAGAGCGAGGAAGGUGAGCCGAGAUGGAUGAAGGGCUAG